GUCAUCCCCUGGCUCUGUAGCCCUUUUGUGUAAGUGCCUGGCAAGGGUAACGUGGGGCUGUGCCUGGGAGCACAGCUGCGACUCUGCUGGGGAGGAAGCAGGGCCAGGGCAGCUCUGCCCUCCCCGAUCCUCCCCUGGGGCUUCUUCAGCCGUGGGGACACGCACCCCGAGGGCCUCUGUUGGCCUGACCCUGCUGCAGGGGCUCUCUUUCCCCACUGACAGUGGAGAUGGCCAGUUUUUUGAGCUCCUUUCUGCCCAGCUGCCUCCCCUCCCUCCUCUUCCUCCUCCAGCUGUCUUCCAGCUCUGCAGGACAGUUCAGAGUAAUGGGACCAGGGCAGCCCAUCCGGGUGCUGGUGGGGGAUGAAGCGGAAUUGCCCUGUCGCAUAUCUCCAGGAAAGAACGCUACAGGCAUGGAGGUGGGAUGGUACCGACCCCCCUUCUCCAGGGUGGUUCAUCUCUACCGAAAUGGCAAGGACCAAGAUGAAGAACAGGCGCCUGAAUACCGGGGCCGCACGGAGCUGCUGAAAGAGACUAUUGGGGAGGGAAAGGUGACCCUCAGGAUCCGGAAUGUAAGGUUCUCAGAUGAAGGAGGUUUCACCUGCUUCUUCCGAGAUCAUUCUUACCAAGAGGAGGCAGCAAUAGAAUUGAAAGUGGAAGAUCCCUUCUACUGGAUCAACCCUGGAGUGCUGGCGCUCAUCGCGGUUCUGCCUGUGCUCCUCCUGCAGAUCACUGUGGGCCUUGCCUUCCUCUGCCUGCAGCGCAGACUCAGAGGAAAACUUCCAGCAGAGAUGGAGAAUCUCCACCGGACUUUUGAUCCCCACUUCCUGAGGGUGCCCUGCUGGAAGAUAACCCUGUUUGUAAUCGUGCCAUUUCUCGGACCCCUGGUGGCCUUGAUCAUCUGCUACAACUGGCUACACGGACGACUAGCAGGGCAAUUUCUUGAAGAGCUAAGAAACCCCUUCUGA